AUGGACACCCCCGAGGGUAGUAGUCCACUGGCCGAGCUGGUGAGUCGCAUGGGUUGGCAUCAUGUGUACAUCGCAGGCACGGCCGUACUGGUCGUCGCGCUCGUCGCCGUCGUUCUCUUCCUUUCCUCCCGCCGGGGCAAGAUCGACUACAACAGCGGUAUCUUCCCCUACGUGAAAUUCGUCUACGCAAAUUUUCUCAAGCCUCAUCAGGAGAGCGGGGAGGGUCAGCAGGGUGCCUUGGAGAGUUUCUACAAGACCCAGGUAUGA